AUGGAACAGAAUAUCAUGGCUAUCAACCCUGAAUUAAGCGGCGCACUUGUCAUCGGAGCCCAAAAGCUCCAGGCUGCUCUCCUGAUUGAGCCAGUUUUGGAUUUACCUCUUACAACAGCAGAACAGGCUGCUCUUAUAGAGCGAAUAUGGUCGGGUGUUGAAGAAAGUAACCGUACUGCUCCGUCUCAUGCACGUGUUGAGAAAUCUUUCGUUCUCGUCAUCCCCAUGGACCGCCGCCUAAUUCGUGCCCCCAAGGGAAGUUUUAUGCAUGUUUUGUCGAUUAACAACGAUGAUUUGACUAGCGAUACAAGGCAACAUGUCGCUCCAGCAGGCCUUGGUGGAACUACGCGUCUUGUCCGGCAACAAAUCCUUGCUGUAACAGGUUGGCCAAGUCUCGACAAUGAUGACAAUCUCUUCGAUCGUGGUAUGGAUUCACUCCAAGGUCUCCAGCUUACGCGUACUUUACGACGUAUCUUUUACCAUCCUGAUUCUGCCCUUUCGACUGUAUAUCAAAAUCCCACCGUAUCCCAACUGGUAGCCGCCAUUCUUACACCUAACGAAACUGUUCAAAGUGAACGGGGGUCUAUAGAAGGUUUACUUGCUAUAUACCGCAAACUCAUACAUCAAAUACCAGUAUCUAAAGAGACAGCUGAGCAUCCCAAGCAGGCAUUAAUUUCACGCAUAUUUUGCUUGAAUCGUGGGAAAGAUGGCGGGAGAGACACACAAUACAACAAUUUUGUUGCAGCUGGAAUCCCUACAAGCCAACUUGACAAACGUAUUACUUUUAUCAAAGCCAAUGUCGAGUCACUAUUCCUAGGUCUAGAUAGUACUUUAUACGACUCGCUCCGUUCGGAGGUCAAUCUCAUUUUCCAUGCAGCAUGGCCUGUCAAUUUUAACCUAGUACUAUCUGCGUUCCGUCCACAGCUUGCCGCUACGGUUCAUUUUCAUAUCAUCAAUAGCCGCUGUGGAGGGCAUAGACACGGUCCAGCUCCCGAGAAAAUCCUCGAAAGCCUCGAUACACCUGCACCUUUUGGCUACGACCGCGCCAAAUUCCUUGCAGAGCUGCUUGUCGACGCUGGUGGUCGGUAUCUUGGAAACAAAGUACCUACGACUGUUAUUCGCGUGGGUCAGGUCGCCGGUCCUAUGCACAGCCCUGGUAUAUGGAAUCCACGGGAGUGGCUACAAAGUGUAGUGCUCAGUUCCCUACACUUGGGACAGAUCUCCAAUAGCCUUGGUCCAGGAUUUGACAAUGUCGAUUUUGUGCCUGUAGACUUGUUGAGCGAUACACUAGUCGACCUAGCUACGGCUGCAACGACACGAACAGCCGAUAACGCUGCGACAGUUUUCAAUCUGUGGAGUCCGCAGCUGGUAUCUUGGGCCACGUUGUUGUCUGCUAUUGUGGCAAUUCAGCCGCUUCAAAUAGUGUCGCCUGCGACAUGGCUGGCUAGUUUGCGAGCGAGCAGCGAGGUAGAUUAUGAGGAUGUGGCGGCGAACCCGGCUGUUGAAUUACUUGAUUUCUUUGAGGGCUUGUGGGUGAUACACGCGGAUACUGAGAAAGUGCCAAUGCAGCCCGUGGUGGUGGAGAAGGCUCUCAAAGCAAGCCCUGCCAUGCGAAAGCUAGAUGCUGUUAAAGUGGAAUGGAUGCAUAAAUGGGAUGAAGAAUGGGUGGCUGCGAGGAGUUGA